AUCGUACUCCCGCGAACAUCCUUGGUGAUAUAAAUAGACCAUCUUCAUUGGUUGAUGAUGUUUUGCUUUUCCUCAUUGAUGCAGAAUCAAGAGAAAAAUUCAAACAGGAAUUUCCACGCCUGAUGGAAUUUUUUCGAAAUGUAGAAAAAUAUACAAAUGGUACUCAUAAAUGGUUUUCUACGGAAAGAUAUAACACAUUGGGUCAUAACUCUAGGGAAAAUAAGCCAUUUAUAUAUGCAGGCCAAAGUAAAAUUAAUUUAGAGAAAAAAAAGCCUGGUAAUUGGGUAUGGGAUACAUUCGAAGAACAGGGAUUUGUAACCGCUCAUACUGAUGGUUGUUGUGGAGGAUUUAAAAAUCCACUUGAUUGGCGUAAAGAGGAAAUAACUCAUUGGUAUGCGAGAGAAAAAUCUAGAGAUGGUUCUAAACGUAUAUUUCCUGGAAAUCACCAUUAUCCCGCCGAAGCGAUUUGUGAUAAUUACAGAAUGGGGGCCAAUUUUGGAAAAUCUUGUCUGUUUUUAAAUGGAACUAGUGAAAAGACCUCAAUGGAUGGCAGUGAAUUUGGUUCAUAUUGUAUGGGACAAAAAACUGUGGCACAACAUUCAUUAGAUUGGGUUGAACAAUUUAUUAGACAAUACCCUGAAGCAAAACGUUUCGUGACUGCAACUUUCUCGGAUACUCAUGUUGAGGGACAUGUUCAUACAGCUCUUGAAAGUGAUUUUUUGAACCUGCUUGAAAAGAUGAUAAUCGGAAAUCCGAUGACUGGUGAAAAACCUUUGUUGUCUAAGAAUAGUGUAAUUAUCUUUGUUGGUGAUCAUGGAUUACAUUAUGGAUUUGAAUUUACAUUUUACGAAGGUCACUUGCAUCACAAACAGCCUGUAAUGAUGAUGUUAUUUCCCACUCAUUUAUUGAAUUCACAUCCUAAUUUCGAAGAAUCACUCAAAGCUAACAAACAUCGUUUGUCAACACAUAUGGAUUUACAUCAAACAAUUAUGCAUCUAGUGUACGGAGGUGGUGCAGAGAGAUAUAUGCCGAAAAACUUAAAAUCUGGCGAUUAUAAUGUAUAUAAUCGAUAUAUAAAUUCUUUUCUUUCUGAUCCAACUUUUCGUAGGAGAACCAACAAUCCAAGCGCUCGUCUUGUUAAAACAGAUGCUCAAAUUUAUGGUCAAUCAUUUUUAACUCCUACAUAUCAAUAUCGUAAUUGUGAAUCAUUAAAUAUACCUGCAAAAUUUUGUCCAUGUUUUGAUUACUCAAUAUAUAACUAUAAUGAUUCCAAUCAAAGAGAACUGAUCGAUAAAAUAUUAAGCAAAACAGUAAAAGAAAUAAACAAAUUUUUAAACAAAAAUCGAUUAGAUUCUGUAUGUAAUACUUUCAAGUACAACACUAAAAAAGUAUCAAACCACUCGAUAUCGUUUAGUAGUGGAUUCUUUAAUCGUAAACGAGGUAUUUCUCAUAUAACUGUAAAGGUAAACAACUUUGACUCGGAAUUCACGAUAAGUACAUCUUUGUCUGAUUCACCAAAAAUUGAUUUAAAGAAGGAUAUAUUAUUACAUGAAAUUAUAUUUAACUCAGAAUGGAACGUAUGUAGUAAAAGAAUAAUUGAUUCAUUGGGUGGACAUAGUAAGACUUCAAUAGUGAAAAAAAUUAAAAAUCUUGGAAAUCUUUAA